UGAUUUUUCUAGGUAUAAGGUAAAUAUCCUGAAACCUCGAGAUGAAAAUCUCAAUAGUUUUUAGCUUAAUCUACGUCAUCGUCUCAUCCUGGUGUCAAAAUGAAACAGUGUUUCACUGCUCUCCCAAGCCUGGUUGCCAGAUUGCACAAUGUGAUCCGGUUGCUGUAGGAUGGGACAGGCCAGGCUUCAACAUUGAUGAACAUCUGCAUGACAAAGAGUUUCCUAUUACGUGCAAAUCUAAGAAUGCGGAACAACCUCAGAAUGCUUUUAGCCUGUUUCCCUUCGUAUCCAGGAAUACUAUGGAUAUUGGAAGUAUCAAAUCAGAAUUGAAAGAGCUGGAAGGAAACUCCAACAAAAACGCAGAAAAUAUUGAUGCAUUGAAGCGGAAUUAUUCCGACAUCAGUAACAUCAAAUCAGAAUUCAAAGAGUUGGAGGAAAACGUUGAUGAAAAAAUGAAAAGCAUUCAUAGCUUUGAGAAAGAAAUUUCAAUAAUUCGUGAAAUACAGAAUGAAAAUGCGGAGCAAUUUGCUGAAAUAGCUGACCUAAAACAGAGCCGUGAAGAACAAUCAGCUGAAAUCAGGGAAUUGAAGAAAGAUUUAGUCCGACUUGAAACGAUGAACAGCGAGCUACUGAAAGAAUUGAACGAACAAAAGCAAACAAACAAUGAGAUGAAGAAAUCAAUGGAGCGGAUUGAAGAAAAACUCUCUGCAACGGAGAAGCCUCGACAGGUUCAAUCUGGAAACCAACAGAGACCGACGACAACAACCAAAACAACAUUGAAACCGACUCCUUCCCCAGAAAUUCGUGAGAUACAGAAUGAAAAUACAGAGCAAUCUGCCGAAAUUACUGACCUGAAGCAGAGCCGUGCAGAAUUGAAAAAAGAUUUGGUCCGACUUGAAACAAUAAACGACAAGCUACUGACAGAAUUGUACGAACAAAAGCAAGGAAACAAUGAGAUGAAGGAAGCAAUAGGACGGCUUAAGGAAAAACUCUCUGCAAUGGAGAAGACUCAACAGGUUCAAUCUGGAAACCAACAGAUACCGACGACAACAACCAAAACAACAUUGAAACCGACUCCUUCCCCAGAAAUUCGUGAGAUACAGAAUGAAAAUACAGAGCAAUCUGCCGAAAUUACUGACCUGAAGCAGAGCCGUGCAGAAUUGAAAAAAGAUUUGGUCCGACUUGAAACAAUAAACGACAAGCUACUGACAGAAUUGUACGAACAAAAGCAAGGAAACAAUGAGAUGAAGGAAGCAAUAGGACGGCUUAAGGAAAAACUCUCUGCAAUGGAGAAGACUCAACAGGUUCAAUCUGGAAACCAACAGAUACCGACGACAACAACCAAAACAACAUUGAAACCGACUCCUUCCCCAGAGAACUGCAAAUUAAAGAUUGAAAAUAUGUGUUAUUUUGCUGUGAUACACGAUCCAUGGGAUGUCGACUACGACACAGCAAUUGAUAUUUGUAAGAAACGUAACGCUGAUGUUGGUUUUAUUCGAGAUGAAGAAUCUUACAAUGCGAUUAUGAAUUACUUGGUCAAGAAUACUCCCAUGGGAUUUCGAGGGAUCAUUAUAUGGACAAGAAUCCGCUUUGAUCCAAUGACCCGUGACGUUACUCCUGCAGAUUCAUUCAUUAAAUGGUCAAGUCCAUUUGACUCUUUUCCACGGAUUGGAAUCAAAAAUAAAGAUCGCACAAAUGUUUAUCUCCAUGUUGAUUCGAAACUGAUAUGGCACUCAAUGGGUAAUGCUUCUCCUACCUUGAAGCUAAACGGAGUUAUUUGUGAGAUCCAGAUCUAAAGAAACGUCUGCCUGGUUGUAUAUUGUUCCUCUUGAUCCUAUAUUUUAAACCAUUAAUUCCUAAUUUGAAAUUGCUGUCGAAAAUUUAUUGAGAGUUUGAUUAUCAGGAUGUUUUGUUUUGCAGAUCUAACUACUUUGCAUUCUAAUGGUAUAGAUGUGAAAUUCAGAGAUUCAAUGUUUAAUUCGGGUAAUUUUAGAAAUUCUGAAACAAAAAUAUUAUGUACUUGACU